AUGUACACUCGCCGCCUUCACAAUUCCUUCUUGGCCUUUUCUCCUUGCCCUCUUAGAUAUUCCGAGUAAUUGUCCUUUCUUUCUCCCCCUAUCCUUCUACUUCUCGCUCUCUCGCCCUUUCUCUCGCUCCGCUUCCUUCCUCCGAUCUUUCUCCAGCAUCGCGCUCGCUAUCGCUCCUCCAUUUCCAAAAUAUCUCCCCUCUCUCUCCCCAUUCCCUAAUUGAUACGUCUCUUCGCCACAACUAUUCAUUGGCCAUCUGUGCCGCCUGUCCGGUGAAACAUCAGGAUGACGUCCUUAUCCGCAACGUCUACAUCCACAUCCACUUCCGUCUCAGUCGCACUCACUUCGGAUCCUACCCCGGGCCCCAAACCAGGCAUUCUGCAUUUCCAUCUACAACACCGCCUGCUCCCCCGCUACAAUCUCCGCACGAGAUAAUCUCCCGGCUGAAUGGGGAUCACGGGACCCAGAAGAAAUCGGGGGACCCACCAGAAUGCGACAACAAGUACAAACAUGUGUUUGUGGUGCAUUCGAUCCCCAGGACGUCCACGCUGUCUCAUGACUCUGCCGACACCCCUUCCUUCAUUGGAUUCCGCAAUUUGAUGGUUCUGGUUCUGAGUAGGCUUUUCCCGAGAUCCUUCGCCCGUCUGCAACCUUUUACGAGCGCAAUUGGGCUUACGAAUGAAUGCGAUGCGUGACUAGUUGUGGGUAACUUGCGGCUCGUGAUUGAGAAUUACGUGAAAUAUGGCGUGCUUGUGCACAUCUCUGGAGCCGAGUUCCGGAGAGAUGACUUGAAGAUGUUUUGUCUUCUCUACUGCUUGAUUCCCGCCCAUCUAUUUGUUGGUUUCCUGAUUGAGCUUAUUGCCGCAUACACCUCUCGCGGGGACCAGGCAAAGAACAAAAAGUCGGACAAUAGAAACCCAAAGCUGCAGAGCUACUGGCGGAUUAUUGCUCUGGCCCAUGUGGUUAACGCGACGCUGAGUCUCGGCGCCGCCAAUUGGGUGGUUUAUUACAGAAUCCAUCAUCCGUUGAUUGGGACUUUUUGUGAAUUUCACGCUGGUGGGUUGCUCUCCGCGCUGCGUCCACAUUUCCGGUAGUGGCGUUUUAAGAAGGCAUGGUCCGGACUGAUACUGUGAACAGUCAUUGUCUGGUUAAAGCAGCUAUCGUAUGCACUGACAAACCGUGACCUCCGGGACGCAUUUCUGGAGGGCGCUCCCACUCCAGGGAUCUACAAGAGCUGCCCAUAUCCUCAGAACAUUACGCUUCGUAAUCUUUGCUACUUCUGGUGGGCGCCGACACUUGUCUAUCAGCCGGUGUACCCGCGCUCGCCGACCUUCCGUUGGCCCUUCUUUCUCAAGCGUGUCGGGGAGACAAUCGCUCUGUCGAUCGCUAUCUGGUUCCUCAGUGCGCAGUACGCCGUACCGGUAUUGCAGAACAGCGUGGCAGCUAUGGGGAAGCUCGACGUGGCCGUGAUUUUGGAGCGCUUGAUGAAGCUGAGCACGAUCAGCCUAAUAAUCUGGUUGGCGGGUUUCUUUGCACUUUUCCAGAGUGGAUUGAACGCCCUGGCCGAAUUGUUACGAUUUGGUGAUCGGGAAUUUUAUACCGAGUAUGUCUCACUUCCGCAAACCCUUACUUGCUUGUUCCUUGCAUCGCGGCGGCAUGCAUAUAUAUUAACCCUGCUCCGCAAAAAUAUCUAGUUGGUGGAACUCCUGCUCGGUUGGCACGUAUUGGAAGGUACGCCUAUCACGUCUAUCGUUCGGAGGGGGAAAAUAAUAAUUUCGAGCUGACCUUUUUUUCUCAUCAGACGUGGAACAAACCCGUAAACCACUUUAUGCGUCGCCACAUCUAUACACCACUUCUCGGGCGUGGAUGGUCCAAUCAGAGCGCCAGCAUCAUUGUCUUCACCUUCAGCGCGAUACUCCAUGAAUUACUCGUUGGUGUGCCCACGCAUAACAUCAUUGGUGUCGCGUUCGCGGGGAUGAUUUUCCAGAUUCCACUUAUCGCAGUUACCGUUCCCUUGGAGAGAAUGAGGGGGCAGGGGAGUAUCAUUGGGAAUGCAAUUUUUUGGUAUGCUUUUUCACUCCCACUCCUUUCAAUUUACGUUCUUACGUGGACCCCGCGACUGACGAUGGCUGGUGAUAUCAUAUAGGAUUAGCUUUUGUCUGGUUGGGCAACCUUUUGCUGCGUUGAUUUAUUACUUUACCUGGCAGGCGAAGUUUGGGGAUGCUUCGAGGACAUUUAAACUUUAGCCAUGUCUUGUCCCGGGUCUUUUUUUUUGGGGGGGGGGGGGAUUUUCAUAUAUGUUACUGGGCGUUUGAGGGGAAAUUUCAUUUCACUUUUUCGUCUCUGUUUUGCUGUGUAUGUGGGGCUGAAUUGGAUUAGAGGGUUGUGUCAUCUAUUCCAUUUCCGCAUCAUGUCUGUAUGCGGGGGAAAGGGGGAGGCCUCAGUGCGAGUGCGAGUGUGUGGUCGGGAAGCGAGAAGCAUGAUCCGUGUAGUCUAGAUGAAACGGUGCCUUGAGAAGGAGCUGGUAUAGUAUCAUACAUGUACAGUAUCCUGUCGUGUAGUAGUGCAGUUACAACUGCAUUAGAAGAGAAGUACUCGUAAGGGGAGAAGUAGGGGAAGGAUAUCUCACGACUUUCACAAAAAAGAUCUCACCGCGUAGAAUUGACUGCCCUGCUUUCCUCGCUUUCUUGGGCUGUUCUACUGCACUGCACAUUGUUGGAGAUCUCUACCCCUCCCUCCCCCUCUCAUAUUCCUCCUCCACGCUGGGAAUGAACAACCAAUCCUCGAGAAAAGACUGCAAGUACUAGUACUGCACUUGUAUAACAGGCUAUAGUAUGACAGAACGGGAACAAGAAAGGAAGGAAGGAAACAGAAACGACAAACAUUCGAUUCCUCCCUCCGCAAUGCGCCACCCAAUUAAACCGCGAUAUGAUUGAUAUCAUAUCAGCGCCCGUCCUCCCGCCCAUGACCGACGACCUGACUGACUAUUCACAGGCUCAAACUACGAUGUUGCAAGAUUGUCAUGAAGGAGGGGGGGUGGUUGGUUUCGUGUUUGUUGUUGUACUGUACUGUUCUAGUAUCGUACUAGCACUGUACUUGUACUACUAUCUACAACGUGGUAUACACCGUGCGGGUGCUCGAGUACCGGAACUGUGCUAUGACACUAGAGUAUCCUCCUCCAACUGGCCCCGUUACAGUAUCUACUGUAUCGCUUGGAGCUCGGAAUCAACCUGGCUCCAUAACUAUCCCAUCUUGGAUCCAGAGUGCCUACCGUAUCGUACUGCACUGCUGUGCAAUUACGAGUGUGGCGCAAGUACUCAGUAUUGGGCGCAUGCACGCGCGGACCAUAGCUUAAGUCAAGUUCCGGUUGAUUUGAUCCAACCUGAUUUCCUAGUGUCUGAGGCAUUGACUGGUAGUGUGGUGUGUAUGGUUGAUUUGCGACAAGGUGGAUAU